GGAAAAGUUGUUAAAAGAAUGUUUAGGGAAUAUUUCUGUCUGGUUUACUAAGAUAUCUUUUAUUUUAACCAAAAAAAGUUAUGUAAAGCUAAGACAGAAUAUAGAAUUUUAUUUGAUACUUUUGAAACAGAAUACAAUAGCAUUUUUCUAAGUCUCAUGGUUUUGGACUCGGGGAAAGUAGAAAACAAAGCAUGGCAUCAGAAACUAACGAAGACACAAAAAAUCCUGAAAAAACUCAUGAUAUAAAGUCUGAAAGUACUGAUGACAUAAAAUCUGAAAAUACCGAUGACACAGAGACAUCUGACAGUGCUGACGAUGACACGAAGAUAUCCGAGAAUACUGACAACACAAAACUGUCUGUGAAACUAGACAGCAUCAAGGCACUGAGGAAGACAUCUAAAAAUACCCACAAGACAACUGUGAAUACCAACAACACUAAUGCAUCUGAAAAUACCGACACUAUCAAAGCAUCAGAAAAUACCACCACCAACAAGGCAUCCGAGAGUACCAACAUCAGGAAAAACAAACGGUCCGGUGCAACCGGCAAUGUAAAAAAACCUUUUGAAUGCAACGUGUGCUUUAAACGGUUCGCUCUAAACGGCCACCUAAAGACUCACCUGCGAAUCCACUCGGGCGAGAAACCCUUUAAGUGUUUGGUGUGUUCCAAAUGCUUCAUCCAGCAGAACAACCUCGACCGCCACAUGACCACGCAUACCGGGGAACGCCGCUACAAGUGUAAAGUGUGUGCAAAGUGCUUCUCGCGACAGGACAACCUCGGCGCGCACAUGCUGACGCACACGGGCGAACGGCGCUUUCGCUGCAUCGUGUGCUACAAGAACUUCACGCAGCGUGCCCACCUCGACAUCCACAUCCUCACCCACACCGGGGAGAAACGCUACAAGUGUGAGGAGUGUGCAAAGUGCUUCACUCAGCGUGGGCACCUCGUUGAACACAGGCAGACGCACACCAAUGAGAAACGCUUCAAGUGCACAGUGUGUUCUAAACAUUUCUCCAAGAGGAGCCAGUUCUCUACGCACAAGCGUGCCCACGCUGAGCAUGCUGAUAAACUAGUCCCCGCUGAUAAGCAUAUCUCAGCUGAUAAUCAUGUUCCUGCUGAUAAUGGGGUAAAGAAACAGGAGGAUGAGGCUGGGGGUGUAAGGUGUUGAGACAGCGUGAAAAAUAUGAAAAAAAAGAGUAUAAAAUGGUUCAAGAUGUGAAUGGAGAAAGUUCAAAAUUACUGACAAUAAUUCUCAGUACUAAUGAAUGAAGUAAUGUUAGAAAUGUGACAGUUUCAGUGUAUGUGAAGUAAGUUGAAAAUGGCAAUGCAUUCUUAUACACAUGUGGAGUACAUUCAAAAUGGCAAUGCAUUCUUAUACACAUAUAUAUGUGGAGAAAGUUCAGAAUGGCAACACAUUGUCAGUACACUAGUGAAUAUCAAAUAAUUUCAGAAUAUUUACGCAUGAAUAUGAAGUACUUGUAAAUUCAUAAUAGCAAUGCAUUCUCAAUUCUAAUGAAUGUGAAGUAAGUUCAAAAUAGUGACAGUGUCAGUACACACAUUAAUGUGGAGCAAGUUCAAAAUGUGAUGUAAGUUCAAAAUGUGAUUUAAGUUCAAAAUGGCAACACAUUGUCAAUACAUUUAUAUAAAUGUGGAGUACAAUGUUGACGUUUUCAAUGCAAACCCGAAUGUGAAGAGUUCAAAAUGGCAACAUUCAGUCUGUAUAAAUGUGUAGUAAGUUCAAAAUUGUGAAACAUGGAUUGUACUAUACAAACUUGAAUGGCAACAUUUUCAAUACAAACAUGAAUGUGAAAUAAGUUUAAAAUGGCAGUAUACAAUAUAUGUAGGCCUAAUGUGAAAUUCAAAAUUGUGGCACAUUUUCAAUACACCAUUUACGUAUGUUCAAAAUGGUGACACCACAGUACACAUGAAUGUAAAGUAAGUUCAAAAUUAUGGAAAUGUACACACAUUUGAAGUAAGUUCAAAAUGUUGACAUUCUCAUUACAAUUUACAAACAUAAAUAUGAACUUCAAAAUGGUGACACUGCAGUACCAAAUAAUGUGAAAUACUAUGUAAGUUCAAAAUUGUUCAAUUGUCAAUACAAACAUGAACGUGAAGUAAGUUCAAAAUGGUGACACUGCAGUGCAAUACCCACAUGAACGUGAUCACUUAAGUUCAAGUUUGAACAAGGUGAUAUUUUCAAUACAAGCACCAGGGUUUGACAAAUCCCUUAGAUCUAAGUUUCGGCUAGUGAAUCGUUUUAUCUGGACUAGUGAAAAUGAUCAACUGUAUUAAUUACAAUGACACAUAGGACAAGCUUCUAUGAACUGCUAGUGACUUUCAGUAUGCUAGUCAAGCUAGAGAGUCCUAUGUGAUUUUUGUGAACCUUGGGCUCCAGGACUCUCGUCAAAAUCACACAUUAACACCAGGUUAGAACGCUUUCACAUGGCAGAGCACUGGAUAAACACAUAAUGUCACAGUGAUCUGUACAUCUAGGGUUGGGGGGGGGGGGGAGAAU